AUGAGGACUAUCACCAAAACAUGCGGACCACCACCCCACAUGCGGACCACCAAACAAACAUGCGGACCGGGCCCCCACCAUGCUGACCUCCACCCAACUUUGCAGACCAUCCCAAACAUGCGGACAUCACCAAUAUGCAGACUGCCACCAACAUUGCGGACUGCCAACCAACAUGCUGGACCAUCGCCAACAUGCGGACCAGUGCCAACAUGCAGAUCACCACCAACAUGCAGACCACCACCAGCAUGUGAACCACACCACACACCACGCGGACUGCACCACCAUGCAGACCACGUCAACUUGGGACUGCAAUCGCCAUGCGGACCACCACCACUAUGCGGACCACCACCAUCAUGCAGAUCACAAUCACUACCAUGUGGAACACCACUACAUGCGGACCAUGGCCAACAUGCGUACCACCACCACCAUGCGGACCACCACCACCAUGCAGAUCAAAACCACCGCUACCAUUUGGACCACCAUAUAUAG